AAGCCUCAAGAUCGGGGCAACAAAUUUAGAAACAACUCAUCACUCGCACGUAACUAACUAACCAAUCUCAAAUAAAUAGUCUCUCCUCCCUAUUUCAUUGCAUUUACAGAUAUCCAUCCAGCCAAUCGCAUCAAGCAAUAAUGUCCUCUCCUCUUCCACGUCUUCUAUGCCUAUUCCUGGCUCUCGUCGUCUUCGCCGGAACAACACCUUCUCCGGCAAUCGCCGCCGAUGAGCUGGAACGUGGAGGAGGUGGAGGCGUCCGUCAGAGAGAGUUUGACUAUUUCGCUUUGGCGUUACAAUGGCCUGGUACUUUUUGUCAACGCACGCGCUAUUGUUGUUCCUCUAAUGCUUGUUGCAGAGGCUCCAAUUCUCCGGCGAUAUUUACCAUACAUGGACUCUGGCCUGACUAUAAUGAUGGAACGUGGCCAGCAUGUUGCACCAAAUCUCGUUUUGAUCCAAAAGAGAUAUCUACAUUGAAUAGUGCUUUAGAGCAAUAUUGGCCAUCAUUGAGCUGUGGCUCACCGUCAUCAUGCAGUGGUGGAAAAGGUUCAUUUUGGGCUCAUGAGUGGGAGAAGCAUGGCACAUGCUCAUCUCCUGUGGUUAACAAUGAAUAUGACUAUUUCUUGACAACACUUAAUGUCUAUUUCAAAUAUAAUGUUACGCAAGUUCUAAAUGAAGCUGGAUAUGUUCCGUCAAACACAGAAAAGUAUCCCCUCGGAGGCAUUAUCUCUGCCAUUGAGAAUGCUUUCCAUAUAUCUCCUUUAAUAGUUUGCUCAAAAGGUUCUGUGGAGGAGCUUCGUCUAUGCUUCUAUAAGGACUUCACGCCACGUGAUUGUGCUAUUAAACCAGACGCUAAAAUUGACAUGGUUACUAAAAAAGGAUCGUGUCCUAAAUAUGUUAGCUUGCCAGAAUCAAUAGGGCGUGAUGGACUUAAGAGUCAGGUGUCUAAUGAUGCAGCUCUAUAGGGAUAUGAUAGUGUGCUUGUAUUUGUAAAUUUCUGUAUCAUGCGAAUAAACAAAGCUAUAAGCUUAUAUUUGUUAGGAUGUUGUCUCAUUUAUCAAUUUGGAGAUGACAAAUUGGAUAAAAUGAAGAACUGGACACAUGAACUUGGCCGCGAAAAUAGGAGAUGGCUGAAAGCAUUAUUAGCGAUCUAGAUCUAUCUCAACUCUGCUGCUUUGUGUUGAAAGCUCGAUUGUAUCUUUUUCUUUUAUUCGUUGAUUGAAUGUACUAUUAUACAAGGAAAUAUGUUGAUCAUAAGGAGUUGUAGUAAAUGAAUAUUUACAUUUUCCUUUAA